GUGCACGCGAACGGUUUGACAACUAGCACAUGUUUCUUCCACUCCGGUUGGCUCAAGUGCGGAACGUGUGAAUCGUGCUAGAAUUGGCCGUAUUUUCCAUUUUCACAGUAUUUUCGAGGGUUUAUUUCAUUUCAAUUGUACUCUUUGGGCACGAUGGACGUCGAUUGUGAUAAAGUUUUACGCAGUGUGCGGCAUUUACAGGAGAAAAUGGAGUGCAAAGAGUUGAGCCCAUUUUCUAGGUUAAGGAAGUUAAAUUCAGUACAAAUGGACGAAAUUUGUCAUGUGUUGGGUACGUUGCUUGAAAAUCAACGUUACACAGAGGAAAUAGGUCACCAGUUCCAGAGUAUGCUACUGCUGAUUGUGACGAAUGUGUUUGAGAAGGAAGAAGUCACAAAUGGAGUGGAAAAGGAAGGAUUAACGGUUGCCGAUUUGGAACCAUAUCGAAGGAAAUGCAUUGCCCUUUCGAAGCUGAUUCUAAUUUGUCCAGAUGUAUUGAGGUAUUCAAUGGUUUUCUUCCGCAAAAAUCCUUCCCCGUUCGCUCGCGAGAUAAAAGAUGAUGAUUACAAACCGAAGGAAAAGCAUCGUAAACAACAACACAAGCCACAGCCAUCAGACGGUUCGAAUUUGGAGAUGGUACAAGCAUGCUACCGAUAUUUAGUUGCCGAUCCGGUAUAUUACCGUUCAGCUUGGAAUUGGUCGGAGUUUUUCGAACAGUUCGAUAGCAUUGAUUGUCCACGGAAGCGUUACUAUCUGAACCGAAUAUUGGCGAUUGUUGCGGGAAUGUCACAAACCGACCUGAACACGCUGGACGAAGGUAUACCCGUGGAGGUUAUAUUGGAGGAAGAUAAUCGCAUAAAUGUUCAUCACCUUUGCCAAGUGGAAGAAGAUGAAUCGAUCGUUAUGCCCAGUGUGGGCAAAAUUGUUUGGCAGUAUAAAAGCAAUGUUGUCACGAACAUUGGUGACGUUCUUCUGCCCAUUUUCGACAAGGAAAACGUUAACUCCUAUCAACGUAUGAUACAGAAGCAGGGCGCACAACAGACAGAAGCUCUACAGUCGUCUGAAUGUGAACUAGUGGUGAGUGUGGACUCCACAAAGCUGAAUUUACGCAACCUUGCCCUUGGUGUGUCAUCUGGCAAAGCAAUCUGUUUGUCGGGCCCGGUAGGAAGUGGGAAAACAUCGUUGGUAGAAUAUCUGGCCAAAGCUACCGGCAGAAUUCCCCCGAAAGGAGCAGAACGUGGGAAGCAACAGGUGCUAAAGGAAGACGUGUCCAAGAAACGUAAGCUUAACAAUGGCUCUAACGUUGCUGACGUCGAAGAAAAUGAAUUCGAGAUGGACGUUGAAUCACUAAAGAAGGUCGCUCCGAAGAGUGGGUUCUUGCGAGUGCAGCUAGGUGAUCAAACUGACAGUAAGACCCUUCUUGGUCAGUACCGUUGCACGGACACUCCGGGAGAAUUUGUGUGGCAGCCGGGCGUACUUACACAGGCCGUUAUGUUCGGAUAUUGGCUACUGCUGGAAGAUUUGGAUUCAGCCACCCAGGACGUUUGUACCGUGCUGACCAAUUUGCUGGAAAAUGGAUACCUAAGCGUUCCAGGGUUUCGCGAUUGUCUUCGUGUGAUGCCUGGAUUUCAACUGUUUGUAACACUACGUUCCGGAGCGAAAUCAAGUGCAUCGCAGCCACAGUGCAGCACGUACAGUUUGCUGGAGAAAUAUCUGCACACUGUCACUAUAGUGCCGUUGUCGAGGAAGGAACUGUGCGACAUUAUAUGUAUUCGUUACCCGAAGCUUCGCGUCGUGGCAACCAGAAUUGUGGACAUUUAUUUGACAUUCUCGAGCGGAUGUCAUUCGGAUAUGGAUGGCCAAAAUUUCACUACCGAACAGCUGGCCCUCUUAGAACAGCCACACCUGCAAGAUGCCGAUGAGGAAGGAUUGUCAAUUAGUGUGGAUGAUACACUGCCACGUUUUCACUCGGAAAACGGCGAAAGGCUAGCUGCAAUGCCGUUUUCCUCCGGAUCGAACAGGCGCCUGGUAUCGACCAGGGAUCUUAUUAAGCUGUGCCGUCGGUCGGACCCAUCGUUCUCUGCCACUAGUACCGAGUGUGCGUACUUUGUGUUUCAAAACGCAGUCGAUUUGUUUUGCUCACACAUACCACAUGGUUCCUUUCGAACGCAGCUUGUAACGGGAAUAGGAGGAAAAAUCGGAAUCCUUCCUAGUCGAUGUGAGCAUCUUUGUUUAGAAUAUAAACCAGCAGUUGAGGUCGGUGUAACUAGUGAAAUUCGGGUAGGAAGAGUUGUACUGAAGCGCUCGCUAGAAUCAGAGUCUAACGAUGAAAAUACUACCCAGCGAACGGAUCAAGAAUUCUCAAACAAGCGUCAGAAGCUUGAUCGUAAUGCAUCUUCUCGGGUCAAAACGAUGCAACACCGGGCAGGAUAUAACGAGCCAUCACCAACAUUUUCCUUUACGCGUCCGGCGGCCUGUCUGUUGGAACGGAUCGCCGUCGCCGUCUCGCAGAACGAACCAAUAUUGCUGGUGGGCGAAACGGGUGUAGGAAAGACAAGCUCGAUACAGUACCUUGCCUAUCAAACCCAUCACAGGCUAGUGGUGGUGAACAUGAACAAUCAGUCGGAUGUGUCGGAUCUGGUAGGAGGAUACAAACCGGUUGAUUUGGGUUUCGUGAUUACACCGUUGCGCUAUGAGUUUGAAAGUUUGUUCCGGCGGUCGUUCAACGCUCAGAAGAAUGAAAAAUUUCUUGCCAAUGUUGCACAGUGUUAUGGGAGCGGUGAAUACGACGUGUUGGUGAAGCUGAUGUUGAAAAUAGCAGAAAAAGCAUCGUUCAAGACGGUUGUGCAAGAUAGCACUAAGAUCAAGAGCAAUGGUGUUGAUAAGAAUGGCGAAAAUGUGCGUGAGAAAUGGAAUACAUUGCAGGUGAAGCUGCGAAAAUUGGACGCUCAACUGAAAAACUCGAUCAACGUAUCGUUCGCAUUUAUCCCUGGUUCGCUGGUAAACUGUAUUCGGAACGGCGACUGGGUAUUGCUUGAUGAGAUUAAUCUUGCUUCAACGGAAACGCUCGAAUGUCUAUCAACAAUUCUCGAACCGGAUGGAUCCAUUGUAUUGCUCGAGCGUGGAGAUUAUACACCGGUGAAACGUCACCCCAAUUUCCGCAUUUUUGCGUGCAUGAACCCCAGUACGGAUGUCGGCAAGAAGGAUCUACCAGUGGGUAUUCGAAACCGCUUCACCGAGUACUUUGUGGACGAACUGUUGGCCGAGAAUGAUUUGCUCAUUCUGGUAAAUGACUACCUUUCUUCGACGGGCAUUCAAAAAGGACGGAUCAUGAACACGGUUAAGCUUUACCGUCGAUUGCGUGCUAUGGCACAGCUGGAGUUAAACGACGGUCUCGGCAAUCGACCCGUCUUUUCGUUGCGUACGCUGUGCCGGGCGUUGUCGAUCAGUGGGAAGAAUUUAUGCGGCACCGUCGAUCGCAAUCUGUACGAAGCGUUCUGUAUAAGCUUUCUCACACAGUUGGAUCUUAAAUCACACGGCACGGUGCUGUCGUAUAUUCAGCAAACUCUCCUGCCGAAGGAUAGCAGUGGCAUUGUGGUGAAAAAGCUUGCCCCCAUACCGCGCCCCAAGGUGAAUGCAGAGAAACAGCUGGAUUUUGAAGGUUAUUGGAUUGAGCAAGGUCCUCGCGAGGUCCAGGACUGCAAGAGUUACAUCCUCACGGACAGUGUGCGUAACAAUCUGCGAGAUUUGGCACGAAUUAUAUCGAUCGGAAGAUUGCCGGUGCUGUUGCAAGGACCAACGUCUGCUGGUAAAACUAGUCUGAUCGAGUAUAUAGCGAAACGGAGCGGAAAUGUGUGUCUUAGAAUCAACAACCACGAGCAUACGGAUUUGCAAGAAUACAUCGGUACAUACGUGGCCGAUGUGACGGGUAAGCUCACGUUCAAGGAAGGAGUGCUGGUGGAAGCAAUGCGCAACGGAUAUUGGAUUAUACUGGAUGAGUUAAAUUUGGCUCCAAGCGACAUUCUGGAGGCGUUAAAUCGUGUACUCGACGAUAAUCGCGAAUUGUUCAUACCGGAGACACAGGUCGUGGUGAAAGCGCAUCCCAACUUCAUGCUGUUUGCUACACAAAAUCCUCCUGGUCUUUACGGUGGUCGCAAGAUGCUUUCACGUGCGUUUAAAAAUCGCUUCAUAGAACUACACUUUUCGGACAUUCCCAAGCGGGAACUGGAGGUAAUUUUAGAACGGCGCUGCCAUAUACCACCUUCGUACGCUGUGAAGAUGGUGAAAGUGAUGUCGGAUCUGCAGCUGAACCGGCGUAGCACAACGGCCAAGCAGAACUUUACGCUCCGCGAUCUCUUUCGAUGGGGCAACCGUUACACGUACGCCGAUCCGACGUUACUUGAAGAUCGUAGCUACGAUUGGAAUCAACAUCUGAUCGACGAAGGCUAUUUAGUGUUAUCGUCCAAAGUACGCAGCUCUUACGAAACGGAAAUCAUUCGUGAAGCAUUAUUUGCACACUUUCGGAAGCGUGUAGAAGAGAGCUGUUUGUUUAGCUUGUCUGAGCACACUUCGAAAGUGACCCGUUCGAUUUUGGAACGUGUGAUGGUAUGUCGGCCCGAUGUUGACGAAGCAGCAUUUGAAGAAAAGCGUCGCGGUGGAGAAGGCAUCGUAUGGACAUUUGAUAUGCGGCGAAUGGCUGUACUAGUGGCGAAAGCAUUGCAGUUUAACGAACCGGUACUGCUGGUCGGACCAACAGGUUGUGGAAAAACAACUGUCUGUCAACUGUUGGCAACGCUGGAACAGAAAACGCUAAGAAUCCUGAACUGCCACAUGCACACUGAAGGUGCUGAUUUCCUCGGAGGGCUUCGUCCUUACCGCUCUGAUCAAAAGGAUGUAACGGAGGGCGAGCUGGUCGGUUCACAGAAACAUCAACUAUUCGAAUGGUCCGACGGUCCGCUUGUUCUGUCGAUGCAAGAAGGAGGUUUUUUCCUAGCUGAUGAAAUUUCGCUCGCGGAAGACUCCGUUCUGGAACGAUUGAAUUGUGUCCUGGAACCGGAGCGCACCCUUCUCCUGGCAGAGAAAGGUGGUGUAUCAUCGGGAGCUAUCGUCGAUGGAAUAUCCCGUGAGGGUGAACAUAACAACGAUGGUUUUCUAAUAACAGCUCGCGACGGAUUCCAGUUUCUGGCCACCAUGAAUCCGGGUGGUGAUUUUGGAAAGAAGGAAUUGUCACCCGCUCUGCGGAAUCGCUUAACAGAGAUAUGGUGCAGAGCCACGGAUUCGGAAGAUGAUUUGACCCACAUUGCGGAAAAUACGUUGCGUCGGCAGCUGUUGUUGGAAGGUGGCGAUUCCUUUCCAGUAGAAAACGAAGCCAUGGGUACGAUAGCCCGAGUGAUCGUGAAAGAGGUGCAAAUAUUGAAGCGAUCGAUCGAAAAGCUCAACUUUAGUAUACGCGACGUAUUGGCAUGGGUUGGAUUCGUUGCGAAGAACGCGUCGCGAGUGGGACUUCCAGAAGCACUGAUUUAUGGUCUGGAGACUGUAUUUCUUGAUUCGCUAGAAAUGUUGCCGUAUGAAACAUACGAAGAAAUUGUAUCAAUUCGCCGUCAAAUGCGUCGAUCGCUGAUGAUGCUGAUGAAACAAUUGCUGCAGUGGAAUGGACAAAUCAAUAUGAUUGAUUAUGAUCAGCAGGCGGCAGGAUCUGGUGGACUUUCUGUAAUCACCUCAACGGAGAGUCGUUUCGGCAUUCAUCCUUUCUACAUUGAACUGGACGCAAAUGUCCAACAAGCUAAACGGCAAGCGACAGACUUCAUGUUCACUGCACCUACCACGCAGCGUAACCUUUUCCGGCUGCUAUCUGCAUUGAGCCUCGACAAAGCCAUCUUAUUGGAAGGUCCUCCAGGUGUGGGCAAAACUUCGCUGGUUGAUAAUCUUGCCCGAGAAAUUGGAUACGAUGUUGUGCGUAUUAAUCUCUGCGAACAUACUGAUCUCGCUGAUCUUUUCGGUACGGAUCUACCAGCAGAUGAUCGAUCGCUUGAGGUAAACAGCAGUGAUCAUGUUGAAAAGAAUGCAUCAGCCGCUUCUCGUCCAGCGCUGGGAUCUUUUGUAUGGCGCGACGGACCAUUGCUAGCCGCACUGAAGGCCCGUCGGAACACCUGGAUUCUUCUGGACGAGUUAAAUUUGGCCCCGCAAAGUGUCCUGGAGGGUUUAAACGCAAUCCUCGACCAUCGUGGCGAGGUGUACAUUGCAGAGCUAAACAAAACCUUCCAUUUGGGCAAGAGAACACGCAUCUUUGCAGCACAGAAUCCGCUUCGACAGGGAGGAGGCCGUAAGGGUUUGCCUCAGUCAUUCUUGAAUCGUUUCACAAAAGUGUAUCUGAGAAAACUUGAGCGGCGCGAUUUGCUACACGUUGUCAAUAGCAAAUAUGCAGAAAAAUUCAAUACCCUUGGCGAGUGUCUGAUAAAUGCCGAAGGAUUGAAAAUGUCACAAACCUCUGUAGUAAGUUAUUUUGAACAACGGAAUACAGCGCAACACGACGAGCAAUUGAAGUUCGACCUGGCUGAAAGGAUGGUUGUGUUUUCGGAGCGCUUAGAAACCGGAUUGGCAAAUUUAGAAUUCGGUUACAAAGGGGGACCAUUCGAGGCUAAUCUUCGAGACAUUCUACGCUGGUGCGAACUGUUCUUCAGCGAAAGCUGUGGGUUUGUAGUGCCACCAGAUGGUGUUGGAACAAAGAACCUCAAACAUCAGCUUUUGGUGGUGCUUUUUGAAAAGAUGAAACUAGUCUACUACCAAAGGAUGCGUGCGGAUUUGGAUAAACGUUAUAUAGUGGCUGCUUUUUCGGACGUUUUCCACUGUGACGGUGAUGAGCUGGAACGUAUUUCGCAAGACAUUGGUUUGUACUGGACGGAUGAUAAGCUGUACCUUGGAGAUAUUGUCCUCCAGAAAGGAGCUACGAUGGAAAAUGCUGCAGAACUGCCGCUAGUUGCAGUAAAACAACAAUCGAUAUCUGCUGCUGGAGGUACAUCGACUUUGAUUCUUGCUAGUCAGCUGGAUUUGCUCAAAAGUGUAACGGAGUGUGUGCACCUGGAAAAACCGAUCAUCUUGUGUGGUCCAAGUGAUUGUGGUAAAACGAAAAUAAUCGCUCUACACUCUGCGCUGGCCGAUGCAUUCUAUCAGGUGGACACAAUAGACGAUACCGUGACGGGAAGUUUCCAGCAGUUUGAUUUCAAUCGUCAUCUGGAAGAGAUGGCUGCACUGGUAGAAGCCACGUUGCGGAAGAACGUGAGACAAUCGUUAUUACGCGAUGGAAGAGCAGUACUUUCCAAAGGGGGAAAUGUUUUGGCUUUGUUGGAUUGUUGGGAGAAGUACGAGAAUCUGAGCGAAGGUGCUGCUGCUUUCACUUCAAAUAUAACAAGCUCGCUACAGAGCGGUGAGAUGGUACUGUUCCGAAAGCGUCUCAGUGCCCUACAAAAGGUUCUCACUGUCCUUGUGCAAUACGGUGAAUCGGGCAUCGCAUUCAACAGACUGAACGGGAUGUCCAAAGUGUUAGAAAAGUUGGACUGUCUCUCCAGACAAGUUCAGACACUGAAUACCGGUGGUCAUUUCGAGUGGGUCGAUUCGAAGGUGGUGAAGUGUCUCCGUACCGGUCAACAUAUAUGCCUUGAGCAUGUGAAUCUGUGUUCGUCCGCCGUUCUUGACCGAUUAAAUCCUGUGUUUGAACCGAACGGUGCGCUGAUGAUUUCGGAGAAAGGUACCGUCAGGACGGACGAUACUAGUGAUGGCGAAACAUCGACGGAAGUGGUUAAAAGACAUCGUAAUUUCCAAGCGUUUCUUACCUUGGACCCGAAGAAUGGAGAAAUCUCUCGUGCCAUGAGGAAUCGUUGCAUUGAACUGGCGUUCGCAAGUCGAGAUGUGUACAAGGCAGACGAUCUCCGGCGGCUUGUGUUUGCAAAUGGAAUUCGUGAGCCGUAUCUCAUCGAGGCUUGUCUUUCCAUUCAUAAGGAGUUGCGCAAUUGCUCUGGACAAGCCGAACAGUUUAGCCCAUUCGGAGUAGCUCAUUUAGUGCGAUUUGCUCAGCUCAUGGCACAGAAUCUACAAAAGCAAGGAAUGCAUCGGAGCAUCGACUGUCUUAAGUUGAGUGCGAUGGAUGUUUACGUUCGGACGUCUAACGCUGAUCUGUUGGGCUAUGGGUUGGAUUUCUAUCGCAACACACUAAAAGAGUCGAUCGAGCAAGUGAUUCAAACGGUCGCAGUGCGACGAAGUACGGUACAGUUUGAAAAUGUUACACUUCAUGCAAAUGGUCUUACAAAAUUGGCUCGCAUUAAACUGCAAGCUGAACCGUUCCUGGCACUGUUACGUGGUUUCAUUGAAGGUUUAGACGGUGCCACAGUGUUGUCGGACAUAUCAAGUGGCUUUGAACUGAUCAGUGGCAAGGUGGACAAGCGUUCUUUGAAAUAUCUGCUUUACUUUUUGUAUGAAAUCAGUACGCAAGGUGAUAUUGACAUGCGAACCGCUUAUCUACGCAGAACAAUCAAAGAAGCAGGUAACGUGUUAAAGAAGGCGGCAAAUCACCAGAACGUAGAAGGACGUUCGAAGGCUAAUGGAAACGAUAUUCAAGUAGAUGUACGUGGUAUGGAUGAGAAGAUGAAGGAAGGUAAACUACAACGCGAUUGGGAUGCAGCCCCGUCCAGUUUCAAGUUCAUGAUGCAAGCGUCAAGUCCGGUAGGCCAACGAAAGUAUAAAGCAGAGUCGCCUGAAGAAGUAUCAAAUCUAGAAGAUGAAGUGAAUAUGAGCAAGCUUCUGGAAUUAAUUAUCGAACAAAAUGAGACGCUGUGUGCAACAGCGCAACAUAUACCACAAACCGCAACAACAGAUGAUCUGCCCUGGAAUCGUCACCUUUUUCCAAGGAUACGUGACUAUUUUACAAUUAGCAGCAACGUAGAUCAUCGGAAGGUGAGCAGCGAGCUUUUGCUUAACACAAUCCUUUCCCCAGUGAAGGUAGACAUGGUAACAAAGCUGAGCCAGAUCGAUCUAUUAUCCUACUCGAAAGCGGUACACGAUAAGCUGAUCAACGAUGGAAUUAAUAAUGGGCUGCUUCUGAUGUUGUAUGACUUUCUUACCAACUAUCGUACAAUGAUCGUGCAAACAUUGCCGGAGCUACCAAUGAGUGACGAGCUGUACGUGCGAUUGAUCCUUUCAAACCAAUGGGUUAAUCGAUUAAUCGAACUCUCGCAUCGGAAGCUGUACGAGAACAAAGAGCUGAAGGUUGGAUUGAUGGAUAAUCUUACGUUACAUUUCCAAUGGAUUGAGAAGCACUGCUUGAAUCUAUUGGAGAACGGAACAGCAAAGAAUGGCAACGAUGUGCGAGAAGUUCUUCGCCACUCUAUUACAGAGCUAACACAUCCUUUGCUUGCAAUUAGGAAAGCUUACGGAAAGCGCUUUCUCGAGUACCUACCACUAUACACAGUCGAACAGGUUGAAAAAGCAGUUAAGCUUACACAGCUAGCAGAUAGGAUGAGCUUGAUUCCUAAGCUGAGUAAACGACAUACGAACGAGGAGUUCCAGCGGUGCGUGACACUAGUGAAUCACGUGAAAACCAUCGAUUUAAAACGAUCGCUACUGGCGCUGAUGUUUGAAGGUUGUGAUCAUGCUUUGAUCAAUGAAAUCGAAGAACCCGAUUCGAACAACGAUACGUUUACAACGAUUGAACCGUCACGAAAGGAACCCAUCAAGAACUAUUACAAAUUGAUCAUGUCUCAUCAUAGCUCACAAGGGGAAGGCAUGAAGGAAGAAAAUAUGAAAAAAGUUAUCGAUAUGAUUUCAUCUUUCGAGAACGAUAUGAAAUCUCUGCCACAGCAGGAAUGCCUCUCCACUGCAAGUCAGUACGAACUGGAACGUUUACCACUGUUAGAGUACUAUUUGUACAAGGUGCUGUUAGCUUCACGUGGUCGAAAUCAGAGGCAUGCAAUUAGAAUGGACUAUGUGUUAAAUAUACGGUCUCUUGGAAUCGAUGCACUAUGUGCAAUCAAGUCACAAACCGGAGCAGAUCAUCGUGUAGCAGUUGGUGCAUACAAUUCGUUGCUAGCAUUAAUUGAUGAAGUACCGUUUGCGCAGCUGCUUUCAAGUGUACCAACGCAACUUUAUCGCAGUUUGAGUUCCUACUGGCACGAAUUUGGUAGUAUGUUGGAACGUCUCGAGCUUAGUUCACUGGCGGUUCAGCGACAUGUCUGUCACAAUGUUGAAAGUGCGGAAGUUUACGAGACGUAUCACAACAACCACGAGCCGGAUGCGGCCGAUAAGGUCACUAGCAGUUACCGCGGUGCCUUGCUAACGGUGAGCUGCCUGUCAAUAAUUCUUGGAAAGGGUUCAGGUGGAUUCAGAGUAACUGGGUUAGGUGAUCUCCCAGACUGGCGGCACACAUUAGGCACAAUAGCUACGAUACUGUGGGGUAACACACGCAUGCUUUCGAGCGAAUAUCGUGCAGAAAGCAGUCAUCUGCAGCUUGCUAGCACUGCGGCCGGAAAACUGUUGCAGGAGCUCGAUUACAUAGUACAGGACAGUAACUUAGAAAGCAGUGAAAUGCAUCCGUUUGUGAACGAUUUCCUCGAUGCCGUGAAACUGCUACGCCAGUAUCGAGAGCAAACAAAGGAACAGAACAACGAGGAGGAAGAUCGUGAUCGUGAUUGGCGAAUGGCAUCUUUGAUGCGUACACUUACCGGAGUACUGGAAAUGAAUUUGUACGUUUUUCUGCCACUGCUUGAUCCUGUUGAAAAGAAUCGUCUCAAAAAACGCUAUCUACAGGAAGACAUUGAGCUGUUAGAAAUGCUGUUACGCACGUACGACUGCAUGGCAGUAACGAUGAACUAUCGCCAGCUCGGCGAACACAAUCGUCGUCUAUUCCUUAGUGCUAUUGAACGGCUGAAGAGCAAAGAGCAACACUUGCAGCGCAAGGUAGCACUUCGCCCAGACAGUGCCGUUUUGUAUGCGGAACUGGUACGAGAUGUCAACAAUUUUCUUCUCUCCUGCUGCCAUCCUGCAACGAUGGGAAUGCUGGUGAAAUCAAUCGUUCAGUGCCUGAACUAUGUGGUGGAUAUGCAAAAUUUGGCCAAGAAUCGUAACCAUACGCAAGCCUUCCUGCUGAAGGUGUCGGAGCUGAUCACGCAGAUCGAUGUGUGGAAUGAUAUCGCGCUACAGUUCGAACAUCACACCCUGAAGCGUUACAAUCCUUAUUACCGAGACUUCAUGGCUCCGUUGUGUAACUCAAUUGCUACCCUUAGGUACGGCUUGAACGGUCUGCGACACAGUCUAUGCGCCAAGCGUGUGACAAUAGAACAGAAACCUAAUGGAGCUUUUUAUGAUCUAAAUGAAGACCUCUCUCUGAAGAAAAUGUUAGUAAAGUUCGUACAGUUCCCCUGCGCAAAGCCACUGGAACUUUUCGACGAUCGUCACAAGGUGAACAUUUACUCGGUGAUGGAAAAACUGACCCAACCAGAGCAGUCUUAUUUCCGACUGUUAAAAGCACGUUUGCAGGAGGUAUCGAACAGAAUAGUGGUAGAACGGAUGCUUGGAAGCCGAUCGUUUACGGAGCUCGAUCGUAUCGUGAAUGUCUGUAAUCAGGUGUGGCAGAAGCAGGAACACCUUCGACGAAAACGCCAGGCUGAAGAGGAUAGUCUAUAUUUGACGAAAUCGCACUGUGAAGAAGAAAGCGAAGACAUCAUUGCACAACGUGAGAUCAGUGAAAUGUUUCCCAAUUACGUCGAUGAUGACUUUGCCGAGUUCAUACAAAACGAUACGUUGGAACAGAUCAUUAAAGCACCACCCCGGAAGGAGAAACCGGCCGAUACGAUAGGAGACGAAGAUUAUGCACUGAUUUGUGAAAGUUUCAUCAUGCUAAUGGCAAAGUAUACGCGAUCACAUUACUACCAUCCGGAAGUGACCGCACCCAAAGGUGGUGAAAAUUUGUCUUUAGACUUUAUUAAACCUUUCGAAACGAAAUUGGAAAUUUUCAAUCAAAUUGUGCAAAAGUAUGAACCCACCAUCGGUAGCGAGUUUGAUGAAAUCGCUUACGGGGCAUUGAGUUUGGCAGUCGGAUUGCUGCAGGAAAGAUACGAUGAUCAGCUGGUAGAAGUAGGUCAAAUCGAACGAAAGACUAAGGGUGGCAGCUAUUUGUCGACGAACUACAAUUUCUACAUCGAUUCCAACAUCCCGGAGGUGCUGCAAUGCGUGAAAGUGUUGAAAAUCGUCGAGAAACGUGUCCAGGAGCUGCUAGUGGAGUGGCCUGAUCAUGCCGUGCUCGGCGAUAUCCUUUUGAUCAUGCAGCGUAUUCUUGCUCUACCCUCCACCGCACCGAUUGUACGUUUCAGUACGGGAUUGCAAUUGCUACGGCAGAAGCUGGACGAAUGGAAUGCAGUCGCUCAUCGAGGAAAUAAUAUGCGUGAGUUGGAGAGAGAAGUGGUAGAAUACAUUCAUCGCUGGAUGCGAAUGGAGUUGCAGUACUGGCGCGAAUGUUUGUCUCGCACGUUGGAACGCGUUCGUUCGAAGGCUUAUCGAUAUUGGUUCUUCAUGUACAAUCUGUUGCACGAGUACUUGCAAGUAGGAGUAACGCGAAAGGGAAAACUUAGUCAUCUGCUCGACUACAACAAAGUAGAAAAAUGUUACGGCGAACAGGAACUGCUGGACGAGGAGGAGGAAGAAAUGGAAGAUGUGGAUGCAUCCGGUGUAACGAUUCAGGAUGUCAUAAAUGUACUGAAGCAGUUCAUGGAGUCAUCAAACUACGCAGAAUAUGGAUUGCGUCUACGUGUGAUGAAGUCCUUCGAGCAGUACCUGCAUUACCUUGACGUAGAGCAAUUUGGUGGCGAUAAAUCGAAGCGUGAUACACUGAUAGCUGCACUGUACAACAUCCACAUGUACUUUGAUCAAUUUUCAGAAGAAAUUGAAGAUCAUGUACGCACGAAACGUGUUCCGAUCGAGAAGAAACUGAAAGAUUUUGUAAAAAUAGAAUCAUUCAACAAGGAUUUGUCGUACUUCAGCAUGCGCAACAAUAUAGCCCGUGUGCACCGGCAACUGCACAAAUUCCUGAAGGAGUUCGAGACAGAAAUUUCAACACGAGUGUCCUCCGUGUUUUGUCCCAAAGAUCCGGCACGGGAAAUCAACGACGCCGAUGAACAAAAGGUGAAGGUGUUGCGAUCCGAGGCGAAGGUUACAUACUACAUGGUUGAUGUGAAGAGUUUCAUGGCCUCGCGAAAGCUUAUGGAGCGGUUUUCGGUUAAUAAGGUAGUGCCUGCUAAAGACGCGGAAGGCGCAAUGAACACUAGCGGUAGCAGUCAGCAAGGAGCAGCACAGCUUUUCCAGAAGAUUGAUCGAUUUUUCUCGACUGCUCGUAAUGUCUGCCGAGAAGCGAUCCUUCACGCACCUUUCCCGGGGCUGGUGUACAGUUUGGACACGUUUAUGCAUGAGCAGAUUGAAACAAUUGAGUACUUGCGUGGCUUGGAGGUAGAUCGCACACAGCCACGCCCGAAGCAAAAGUCUCAAGCAAAGCAAAUACUGAACCAAAAGCGAAAGGCACUGGCGGACUUUUACAAAACCCUUACCGUUCUUGGACUGAGUUAUCGGACAGGAUUGGUUGAAUCGGCGAUUGGAGGAACUGAUCCUGUGGAUCCAACGAUUAAACCAUUUAGUUUGGAGUUGUUGACACAUGCGUCGAGGUAUCGCAAGGUCGAUCAACACAUUGUGUUCCUGAAUGAUAAGCUUAAUCUGCACUACGCCAAGUGUGUGUUCAAGAUCAAGCUGUUAGCGAAGGUGAUGCUGCAACCGGAUUCCGAUAUUGCUGGUCCAAUCAAUGUGGAUCGCAUCAAGGGUUUCUCGAUCGAUAUGUUCCUGGUGGUACAGAACCAACGAAAAGCAUUAUCGGAGCUAGUUAACGAUGUGUUCCAGUUGCGAGAGCUAAUAGCAAACCUUUACCAGCUAAAUACAUGUCUUGAAGCAGAACAAUCGGAUGAUGAUGAUGGAUUACGUUUCCGUGAAUAUCGCCAGCGGAUGGAUGUCGUGGGACAAUGUGUCAUUGAUGCACGUUUAGUGCUGGAACAAUUCCAAAUGCUGCUUGCUUCUGCUCCAAAUCAAACAGACGAAGAGUUGCAGUUGUUUGAGACGAGUCCGAUUAGCUCACCAGAAGGGUGUUUCUAUCGAGAAUCGGUAGAAUUUGCAACGAUAGCAAAGUUGGCCAAAGAUGCACUCAAACAGACAAUAGACCUGAAUGAAGAGCUUGGAAAGACUUACAAUGACGCUUACUGCACGCGCGAUCGUAUUGUGAAUCUGGAGAAAAAACUAACGAGUUUAACGGAGAAGCUGUUAUCGCUGACGGAUGCAUUCCAAUUCUCCAGCAAUGAUGAAAUACCGCAUAGUUAUUCUGUUUAUGGACAAUCUAUAGUGCAGUUGCUACAGCGGUUUGAGCAAUACAAGAAGGAUGGUUCGAAAGCGUCUUCUAAUGAAAGUGACACCACUGUGGAUUGCUCAUUCGAUGAUGAUAGUGUGAAUAAUGAAAUCGAGAACAUAAUCCAUUCGCUACUAAUGGCGAUGCAAAAGAUCUACAAGAAAUAUUCUGAAAUAAUACCCGAACCGGAUCGUAAAGAUGAAGAAGAGAAUGAACAGGCAGCCGACAAUGAAACUAGGACCGAUGGCAACGAAGAUGAAAAUGAUGAUGAAUCCGACUAUAACCUCCAGGAACAACACUUGAAGCAAAAGAUCAAUGCAGAUCUACUGUGUGAUUUGAAGACGUUAAAUAUAUCAAGAGUUAUAGAGAAAUUAAGGAGUUUGUUGGCGCAGCUUGAUCAAAGCAGGGAAGGAAGUGUAUCCAACGAUAACAUGCGAUUGCGUACGCUGAUCCUAAAGCUUACACGUUUGGUGCCAAUUCUUGAGCAGUACAAUUUGCUUGUUGAAUAUUAUCUUAUACAGCAGCUAGGCGCUCACAAGAUAUGCACAAAAAUGCUCUCGGUUAUGUUAACCGUCUUCAUCGAGCUUGCAACGAAGGGUUUCUGCGUGCCGAAGGAUUUACUAGGAGAAGAGGAAAAAGAGCAAAACGGCGAGCAGGAUAACGAUGGUGAUACGGGUGAAAAGUUUGGCUUUGAAGAUGGAGAAGGUGAAAAGGAUGCGUCACACAAGAUCGAAUCGGAAGAUCAGCUCGAUGAUGCACGAAAACCGGGAACGGAGAAAGAGAAACAGGAUGAAGAGAAAGACAACAAGGAAGAGAAAGGAAUCGAUAUGAGUGAAGAUUUCGAAUCGAAAUUGCAAGAUAUGGAGCGACCAGAGGGUUCGGAUUCGGAAGAGGAGCAAGAUGAAGAUGAAGAAAUUGACAAACAGAUGGGAGAAACUGAAGAAGGAGCAGAGAAGCUGGACGAUCAGAUCUGGGGAGAUGAUGAGGAAAAGCCAGAAGAGGAGGAAAAUGAUAACAGCAUGGAGGAAGAAGACGGAGGUGGUACAAACGAGAAGGACGAACGGCAUAAUGAUCUAGGAUCGGAGAAAGAUAAACAGCAGUCCGGUGAUGACAACCAGCAGGAGGAUGGAAUGGAUGCGAUUGAUCAGUCUACGAUCACGGAUGAUAAGAAAAAGCAGAAACCGAAGGACAUCAAUGAUAUGGACGAUCAGGAAGGGCAAGAUGAGGAGGAGCACGAAAAUCCUUAUCAUAACGAGUUGGAAGAACCUCCAGAGGCGGAAGAGCUUAAUUUGGAUGAUGAUUUCCAUUUGGAUGAACAUGAAAGGCAGCAAGAUGGUGACAACCAAGAACAGGAGAAUCCGUUCGAUAUCGAUGAAAUGAAAGAGAAAGCUGAUGGUGAGCAGAAAGACGAUGAGGAAGAGGAGGACAAGGAUGGUGAAGAUCAAACGGGUAAUCCUGCUAACGAAAAUGGAGUUGAUUCUUCUGACGAGGAAGAAGAGCCAACCGAUCCGGAUUCCGCAGACAAGCUUGCCGAUGAACCUCCUGUGCCAGAGGAAGAUCCGAACAAGGAAAACAGCGAUCAACAAGUGCCGGGCGAAGAACAAAAGAAGGACGAACAAUCCGCCACUGAAGAGGAAGAGCAGAAAGAUGAGCAACAGAAGAAGCGUCCCGAUGACGAGAAGCAUCAUGAGUCGCGUGACAAGCGUACUGAAGAGGAUCGUGUGGAGGCGAUGCCAGAUGCCGAGAACAAGGGUUCGAGCGAUCAGGUGGCCAACGAUAAGCCGGAAGCGAAACAGGAGCACGAGCUAGACGAGCAGGAUACAGGGGAAGAUAAGGAAGGUAUCGGCCAGGCUGAAAAUGAGCAAUCCGAUAAGGGUCAUCGAGGUAUUGCGGAAUCAAAAGAAACGCGCACCCGCAAGGAUGAGCAAAAAGAGCAGCAACAGCUAAAGGAACAACGGCGCAAACAGGGUCACACGGAUGAUGAUCGUUCCCUGGGUGAUCCUGACCAAGCGGAAAAGAAGCGACUGAAGACGGUCGAUAAAUUAAAUCGAGAGGAGCGCCCGGAAAAGGAAGAGGACACGGAGAAGACGGAGGAUGUAAACGAGGAGGAACUUAAAGAUGAUGAGUUCCAACACGUUAAGGAUGCUAAAAAUAGUGAUAAAACGACGAUGGAUAACGCGACGGAAGAGCAGUCGAAGCAGAUUCAGCACCAGGAAAAGCAACCGGAAGAGGACAAGGAAGGAAAAGAGCAGGAAGAGGAAUCUGCCGACCAGCUGAUGGAAGAGGAUGAACCACUGCAAGAGGACCUGGAAGAAACGGAAUUACUAGAGAGUGAGAAAAAUGAGAACAAGAAAGACAAACCGGCCAAAAAGGAUCAAAAUGCGAUUAAAGAUAAGAUGGAAAUUGAAGCAAAGGCGGAAGUGGAAGGUGAAAUAGUUCCCACGGCAACGGUAGCUCGAGGUGACGACACAGUUGCCCACACGAUAUUCGAAAUUCUGCACGAUAUCAGUCUCCCAGAUGAACCAACGACGUCCGAGCAGCUCGAUAUGCGCAAGAUGGUGGAAUCGGAAAUGCAAACGUCUAUUCUGCAGGAUGGUUCGGGCGAUCAUGAAGCGUUCGAGCGGUGGCAGCAAAUAUCACACAAAAUGCUGCCCAGUGCACGCGAUCUUUGCGAACAACUUCGAUUGAUCCUGGAGCCGACUAAAUGCACCCGGCUUAAAGGCGACUAUCGCACGGGUCGCCGCAUAAAUAUGAAGAAAAUCAUCCCCUACAUAGCGUCGCAGUUCCGCAAGGAUAAGAUUUGGUUGCGCAGAACGAAGCCAGCUCAGCGCGAUUACAAGAUCACGAUUGCGAUCGACGACUCGAAAUCGAUGGAUCAUAAUCAAUCUAAGGACCUGACACUGCAAGCGAUAUCAUUGGUAUCGCAAGCGUUAUCGCUGCUGGAGAGCGGACGUUUGAACGUGAUGUCGUUCGGAGAGAAGCCAAGAAUACUGUUGAAGCAUUCGGAUCAGUUUGAUGGUCCGAAGCUGAUCAGUGCACUGAACUUUGAGCAAAACCAGAGUCGCAUUGCGGAGCUGCUUAAGUUUGUGCGAACGUUUAGCACUGAGGAUGCAUCAGCCUCGGAUAAUGGAGUAUUUGAACAUUUGCUGUUGGUAUUGAGCGAUGGUCGCAACAUUUACAGCGAGGGAGAAAAGGAAGUGAAAAAUGCGGUAAAGCUAGCCAGAUUGCAAAGGAUCUUCAUCGUGUAUAUUAUUAUUGAUAAUCCGGACAACAAGCAUUCAAUAAUGGAUGUACGAGUGCCUUUGUUCACGACGGAUAGUACACAGAUAAUUAUGCAAUCAUACCUCGACGUUUUCCCCUUCCCAUACUACGUAAUUGUAAGGGAUUUAGGGCAGCUUCCGAUGGUAUUGAGCGAUGCGAUGAGGCAGUGGUUCGAAUUAGUAAAUAGCGAGCAGUAACGUAACAAAGUAGUUAAGCCCUAUGGUGUAGGAUUAUCUUAAAUGAAACAAAGCAUGUUAUAAUUGUAUGUGAAACAUAUGAAAUGGAAAUUAUAUAAACAACGCAUUUAUAUCGGUAAUCUA